AUGCCAGCUUCAACACGCCUUGUCGAUCCACCCAAUAUAGAGCCGCGUGGCCUCGGGUCACUCCAGGCCCACAAAUCCCUACCUCGACCUACUAUUCAAGAUGGAGAAGCUUCGAAUCCAUAUGGGUCAAUAGAUGUGAAGAUUCCUUCUACUGGAAAAAAAACAGAAAGCGCUGCCAGCGGCACCGUGUAUACAACUCAAGAGCGCAUCAACUCUUGGAUACCUCCCAACAAGGAGAUCAGUCCCGCUAUCAGUGCUCCUCUGACUCCUCCUCUAAAUGGUAGCGAUGCAUUCAAGAGCUGGAUGGAUGACUCAGUCCUCAAAGAUCACACAUUUCCGGUCUUUGUGAACGGGCAAUUGAGCAAUACAUCUUUACGACAACAAAGCCCUCCUACACCUGAGACGACUCCACCUAAAAGGAAAUCAGUUGUAUCGAUGACUGCAAAUGAUUCAGCUUCACUUGACAACGCAGAUAACCGUACGGAUUCCUUCAAAACAGCGGAGGAAGACUUUGAUCCGGGGAUCGACACCAUUGAACCAAGCCCAAUUUCACAGCUCAGAUACCAGCAGAAAUGGGCGCACGAUGCAAAGCAGCAGAAACAAAAGACGGUGGGUCUCGGGCUUGGCAUUGAGCUAGACGACGACCAACCUACGCCAACGCAGGUCAUAUCUACACAAGCAUUGGACAGUCCCGAGUUUGUUUCAUUUGAUGGGGCCUGGGGUGGAGAUACGCCAGCUCGUAUCCACGAGCAGCUACAAGAUCGUCUUCCGAAGGUUGGCGCAACGGAAACUCCUCUCGUUCAAGAGAGUGACGUCUGGCAAGAGUACAGAAUGGAUGAAGAUGAGACUCAAGCCUGGGGAGAGCAGGUAUCUCCCACAACUCAAGCUGCCCAAACGCUAAAGAGGUAUAACACGAAGACGACUGCUGCUUUGCUGUUGGAAGAACGCAUUAAUGAUUCGCUUGGUGAAGAGUUAAUGAACGCACUAGCAACUACUGAAGGCAUUGAGGCGAAGCGAGGCUCGAACGCUUCUUCAAACUCUACUGUCAUUGCAGCCAAGAUAAUAGACAACAGUCCAAGACGUCGUAUAACGCUCCGUCACACCGGCAAGAUAAUCGAUACGAGCGAGUGGGAGCAUCCACCAAGCCCCCAAAAGUCUCUAAGACGUACUGCGAAUAAGCCUCACACAGAUCUGCGAAGAAGCUUUUCAUCAGGAGGGCAGCAGCCAGCUACAAAGACAUGGUCGACGAAUGUCAAUCUUAGAGUGCUUCCUGAUCGUCGAUCGUCCGUUUGGUCAUCUGGCUCAAGUAGCAAGCGCCAUUCAGGCUCUUUCUCGUCUGCAUCACGCACCAAGUCAUCAAGACCAACGACAGCUCCAGAGAGUAGAGAAAAUGUGAAUGAAGAGACGCUUGCUUUUCGUGGUCGAGCUCAAUCCGUGAUAAUUCAACAAGCAAAGCCGCAAGAGAGUGGUGAUAGGUCAAUGCGCGCAAUCAUGCCUCCAGACAUGCCCGAGGCCUCGUCGCCAUCUGUACAGACCAGCCAGCUCUCACUGAAGACUAAGGCUAUUUCAGUAACAUCUACAGAUCUGAAGACACACAGCAAGCCCCCUAUGCUACCUACCAUUGAAUCAGGUCUUACACUAGACGCUGAAGUUCAAGAGGAGCAAGGCCCGUCUUCCAGGCUCUCCAGCGUGAAUAAGGACACGCGUAGCCACUCCUCCCUUCUAUCGCCUUUCUCCCUCCGAUCGACCCUCUCAGCCUCCCCUGGCGUCUUCGAAAUCGGUGAAGCAACUGCCUUAAACAUCUACCCACACACCAACAGCUCGAUCCUUGUAAUCCAGGAAGUCGCGAAUCAAGACACAAACAAGCCUGCCGAGAAGUCUUCCAUAGUGGUUAACAACGCAAGCCUCCACAUCCCCAGCGCGGUUGGCCUCCUUUCGCCGCUCAGACCUGCCGGACAUAGCUCCGAAUACAUCGAAUCCCCGCUCCAAAACCCUCGCUCCGCUCCUCCACCCCCCGACAUUAUCAAUGUCAUCCCGCCCACGCCUUCUCACACCCAAUCGCCUGACCCUUCAGCCGCUACUCCGUCAAAGACCGGCAAGAAGCUUGCACGCUUGUCCUCUCUCCACCGCUCUAUCACCCUUCCCUUCCACCACGUGUUGAGCAAGCAGGCAGCUCCCCUCGCUCGCCGCCAUUCCACCACUGAGCGCUCUACCCGCCUGCAUCCAUUCUGGCGUCCCCGCUCCUCGACAUGGGGCAAUGGCAACCAAGAGGAAUAUGAGAAGGUGGUGACGGUCAAGACUACAAUCACUCAGCGCGGAGGGCUUGGCAGGUCGGCAUCGCUAGCUAACAGGAUCACUACUCCACUUAGGACCGCGAGUUUGAAGAGGUACGGACCUCGUCGUUAA